AUGGCUGCUGCCUCUGAACUGUUCAGUCUCCUGCCUCUGCAGCCUGAAGGGCUCCAGCUCCAUGUGCUCCUCCCUGGGCAAAUCCCCAGGCCAGAACUGGGAUCGUCCCACACCUCGGCCAUGAAGGAGCAGCAGCUGAUGGUGGCCCUUCGCAUCCGACCCCUCAGUGAGGCCGAAGUGGAGGAGGGAGCUGCGCUCGCUGCCCGCAGAGUGGGCGAGCAGAGGGUGGUCCUGAUGGACCCAAGUGAAGAUCCAGAUGACAUCCUGCGAGCCAACAGAUCCCGAGAAAAAACCUUUGUAUUUGACAUGGUUUUUGAUCACACAGCAACCCAGGAGGAAGUAUAUGUGUCCACGACCAAAAGCCUGAUAGAAGGAGUUAUUUCUGGAUACAAUGCAACCAUUUUUGCAUACGGUCCGACAGGAACAGGAAAAACCUACACGAUGCUGGGCACGGACAGUGAACCAGGGAUCUACAUCCGUGCUCUUGGUGACCUCUUCAAGGGCCUUGGAGCCACUGCUGAGGAGGUGGAUUACACAGUCUCCAUGUCCUACCUGGAGAUCUAUAACGAAGUGAUCCGUGACCUCCUGAACCCAUCCUCGGGGUUCUUAGACCUGAGAGAGGAUUCCAGAGGCAGCAUCCAGAUAGCAGGAAUUACAGAAGUCUCCACUACAAAUGCUCAGGAGAUCAUGCAGCUGCUGAUGAAAGGCAACAAGCAGCGCACGCAGGAGCCCACGGCGGCCAACGGGGCGUCCUCCCGCUCGCACGCGGCGCUGCAGGUGACGGUGACACGGAGGAGCCCACGGAAGGAGACUGGCGAGGAAGUGCGGGUUGGGAAGCUCUUCAUGGUCGACUUGGCAGGGUCAGAGAGAGCAGCUCAGACUCAGAACCGGGGCAAGAGGAUGAAGGAAGGAGCCCACAUCAACCGCUCCCUGCUGGCUUUAGGCAACUGCAUCAACGCUUUGAGCGAGAAGGGCGGGAGCCGGGCCCAGUUUGUCAACUUUCGAGACAGCAAACUCACCCGCCUGCUGAAGGAUUCCUUAGGGGGCAACAGCAGGACCGUUAUGAUUGCACACAUCAGCCCAGCCAGUUCCUCCUUUGAAGAAUCCCGAAUGACCCUGAUCUAUGCCUACCGAGCAAAAAACAUCAAGACACAGGUGAAGUGUAACCUGCAGAACGUCUCCUACCACAUGGACCAGUACACCGGCAUCAUCGUGGAGCUCCACAGGGAGAUCAAGUGUCUGAAGGCAAGGGUUGAGGACCAGGAGAAGGAGACAAGUGCAGCUGGCCCCGACCUCGGGGUUCUGCAAGCAGAGGGGCAGCAGGGCUCUGAGGCACCCAGCAGCCAAGCAAUGAGCACCUUGCGGGCGCAGCUGAUCGGGGCUUUCAGGGAGCAGAUGGAGAUGCGUCACAGCCUGAUGGAGCUGGAAAACACCAACAUUGAGCUGCACGUGGAUACCUGCAGGCACCUCCUAACAAUUGCUGACUGGGAACAAGAGAAGGCUGAGGUUGCAUGUAAGGAUGACGUGCCAGCAAAGGAGGAGAAAGGAGAAAUAGUGGAGGAGGAAGACAGGGAAGUGGAUGUCAUGAAUUCACCUGAACUGCAUGAAGUUACAGCAGCAAGAGAAGAGAUCAACCUGCUGCUGGCAGAACAACGCAAGACAGCGGCCCUGAAGACAGAGCUGGAGCAGCACUUAGCAAAUGCCAAGGAAAAAGCUUCCCAGAUGGAGGAGUUUUUCCCCAGACAAAUCACUAGUGAGGAUCAGCAGGAGGUGCUCAGGCUUCUCUGCAGAGCUCAUGAGCUUCAGCUUGGCAACACAGAGCUGCAGGCAAAUACACUGUACAGGGAGAAUCUAUUGUGCCAGAAGGAUUUUGUGAUCCAGCAACUGCAGCAGCACUUGUUACUCUGUGAAGAAAUUAUUCAGCAGCAACAUAUGCUGAUAAAAGCCCAGAACAUUCCUGUCCCAGAGACACUGGAGAGGUUACACCACCUGCACCUCUCUGAGCUGGAGGAGGGGGUGCUGAACCGCCUGCUGCUGCUACACUCAGCGAUGUCCAGCAUGCUCAGGCCCCACAAAAGCCCUUCUCUGGAUGUAAGUCAGCAUCUGGAUCCUAAUAAAGAUGAGAUCAGAAAGGGUCUGCCUGGGAACAUGAAGGAUAUUCCCUGGGGGGUGAAGUUUGACAUUCCCUCCAUCACCCUUGACUCAGACAGUGGCAGCUGCAGAUCAGCUAAAACAACACCCUGUAGGAAGGAGGGGUCUCUGGACACCCACAUCAGCCCAACUUUCUCUGGUUUGCCAAAAAGCCCAGCUCAGCAGCAGAAACCAACAGAUGUUGCUGCAGGGAAGUCGACUCCCAGGCUGCACUCCCCCACCUCUCUAGGCUUCCAUGGGAAAAAGUCACCUGCAGACAUUGCUGCUGUUCUAUGGAGUCCAGAGACCUUGGAGGAAAUUGCCACCAGCACCAAAAGCAUCUCCCUCAUUGCAGCCAGUCGCCGCUCCAGAGCCCAGCACAGAGACCCUGGGAGCAAAGCUACCCCAGUCCACACCUCUGUGGAGGAUGUGCUUGAGCUGAAGUAUCCAAAGGCCAAUUCUACCCCAGACUGUCAGACAAGAGACAGGGCAUGUAUUGGAGGGUUGCUGUUGGAGCCCACAGCUGGGAGCCAGCUGUGUUCCCCAGCCAGGGGAGAGCUGAGGAGCAGGAGAGACCAGGAGGUGUCUGCUGGGAGGACAGCCAGAAAGAAAAGAUCUCGCUCUCCUGAACCGAACUUCCACAGGAUCUCAAAUGCUAAGCCCUGGACUCCCUCAGGCCCCAACACAGACACAGGUUGCGAGAACCACCUGCGCCGAGCCAGCCUCUUCCAUCAGUCAAAAGCUGCGAGAAGUGUAUCCAUUGCCACAAAGGUCAGGGCUCCUGCCAGCCACCAGUCAGAGGGGACUCCACUCCAGGUGCUGCCAAAAGGCAAUGCUCCUGCAAGUGCCACCCAGCACAGCAAUGCUGAUCAUGUCAAAGGACAAGACCUCCAGAAACAAGUCAAGGGGCCUGCAGAUGGUGCCAGCAGGUGGCAAAAGCCACAGCCAGUCGCCCGCCUGGGGAGCCAGCCCAAGACUAAAUACAAGUCACCCAGGGAGCAGGAACUCUUUUUGGCCCCAAGGGAUUGCAAUUGCAAGACUGCUGGAAGUCAAGGAAGUGGAUGCAGGAGAAAUGUGCCUUAAAAUGUAUUUUGGCUUCUGUGUCGCGAUGCUGAAAAGCAGAGUGAAGGGCAAAGGUGUGGAUGC